AUGGAUGAAGCAAAUCGACUUGCUUCUUGGGGUGGUGCAGAGAUCGACUGCUGUAAAUGGGUUGGAAUUGCUUGUGAUAACUCUACAGGCCAUGUUCAUGGGAUUCAUCUUCGUGCAUUAGAUGGUCAUUGUGCUCAUGGUCAGCUAUUGAACGAAGAUAUGAAAGAACUUUAUGAUCAUGAAGAUACGAAAGAACUUUAUGAGGCCAUAAAACAGGAAUUGGGGGGGAGUUUAAGUUCUUCCUUGUUGCAUCUGAAGCAACUCAGGAAUCUAGACUUAAGCUGCAAUGAUUUUGGAAUCCAAAUUCCUAAUUUCAUUGGCUCUCUUAAAAAUCUUGAGUAUCUUAAUCUUUCUCAUUCAUACUUUCUAGGGAAUGUCCCCCCUCAAUUAGGAAACCUUUCACAGCUGCACGUCCUCUCUCUUGGUGAUGAAUAUCUUCAUGGAUUUCGAUCACCAAACAUACAUUGGUUAUCAAGGAUCCGUAUGUUGCGUCACCUGGAAAUGAGCAGUGUGGACCUCAGCAACGCAACCAAUUGGCUUCAGGUAAUUAACACCCUUCCGUCUUUGGCCCAACUCCGUAUGUCUAAUUGUCAACUCUUGCAUAUACAUCCCCAAGUUUCUAGUCUUAAUCUCACAUCCCUUUCCAUGCUCGAUCUUUCUGAUAACAAUUUUAAUACUUCUGUGCCACCGCCUUGGAUGUUUGGUAUAACUAGUCUGGUUUCUUUGGAUUUAAGUGGGUGCAAUUUUCAUGGGCCUAUUUCUAGCAGUAUAUAUAGCUUCCGCAACUUGACUUCUCUUCAGUUGCUUCACGUCUCGGGGAACUAUUACAUGAAUUCUUCCUUAGUAUUAAAAGAAUUGUCUAGUAUCGGUGGUCAUCUGAUUUUGUUAGAUAUGAGGUCUUGUGGUAUUUCCAGUUCAGUACUUGAAUCCCUUCACAACUUGACCUCUCUUCAUAGCCUCGACCUAUCAAAUAAUCAACUAACCGAGACUAAAUCAUUAGGUAAUAUAGGUAAUUUAUGUAAUUUAAAGGACAUGGAUCUGUCAGAUUAUGAUAAUGAUUGGGGCAACACAGAUUUUACAAACCUUCUUGAAUGUUUUGUCAAGUGUAAAUCGCCAUCCUUGGAGUCACUACACUUGAGUUUGUCUGGGUUUUCAGGUCGUCUACCAGAUCAACUUGGACAACUGAUCCAUUUGGAACUUCUUGAACUUGCCGGUAACCACAUUGCUGGUACAAUUCCAGAUUCCAUUGGACUGUUAUCAUCAAUGAAGACAUUAGACCUUCGUUACAAUCUAAUUACUGGUCCUAUUCCAUUCUCAAUUGGACAAUUGUCAUUAUUGGAGAAUUUAGACCUGUCUUAUAACCAACUAAUUGGCAGCAUUCCUGACUCUAUUGGACGACUGUCAUCGUUGAAAAUGCUGGAUCUUUCAAAUAACGAAAUACACGGCAGCAUUCCUGACUCUAUUGGACAGUUGUCAUCCUUGAUAAAGUUGUAUCUUUCAUAUAACCAAUUGGACGGCAGCCUUCUAUUGAGGACAGGACUAGGCAGACGGAGCUUGAAUAGCUUACUGAAUUAG